AUGAAAUUUGGCAACAAAAGAAAAAUACUUGGUAACUACGACGUCAGUACAUCAGAAGAUGAAGAACAAUUACUCGAUGAUGGUAUUAAUUCUGAUAAUCCAUCAUACGAACCUUCUGUUUUUUUCAAAACUACUGACGUUCAAGAUAGGUUUAAAUUUGGAUACAUAACAUUUUAUUUACUUGGAAUACUCACAUUAUUACCAUGGAAUUUUUUCGCUACAGCAACAGAUUAUUGGAUGUAUAAAUUUAGAGAUGUUAAUGGAAACAUGUCUCAUACGAAUAAAACAGAUUUACAAGCAGAAUUUACUUCUUAUUUAAGUAUAACUUCGACAGGACCUUCAUUAUUUUUUUUAUUUUUAAACAUAUUAUUUACACACAAAAUUUCAUUUCAAAUUCGAAUUUUAGGAUCAUUGAUUAUAAUUUUACUUUGUUUCAUAUUAACAACCAUAUUGGUUUAUGUUAACACUGAUAAAUGGAGCAAUAUAUUUUUUGUUAUUACUUUGUUGACUGCAACAGUAAUGAACAUUUUCAGUGGAAUUUUACAAGCAAGCGUUUGGGGAGUCGCUUCGAAGUUUCCUUCGGAAUAUAUAGCAGCAGCGACAAGCGGUCAAGCUCUCGGUGGUAUAUUUGCUGCAUUGGUUUGCAUCAGUACAUUAGCUGCAAGUGCUUCCUCUACAACGUCAGCACUAUUAUAUUUUAGCAUUGCUAUAAUUACAGUAUUGUUAUCUCUGAUAUUUUAUAAAAUUUUAAGCAUGACGAGGUUUUUUAAAUAUUACAUGUUACAAAAAACUCCUGCCAGUGAAUUGAUGUACGAUCCGGCCGAAAUAAGAGAAGUUACGUCCGCAUUUGAAAUAUCAAACAUAUCAUUGACAAAAAUACUACAAAAAGUUUGGAUUUACGGAUUUUCCGUCGCUCUCUGUUUUGCCGUUACAUUAUCAGUUUAUCCUGCCGUCACGGUACUCAUCAGUUCUCUUAACGGAAGCGGAAGUUGGCAAAAAAAAUAUUUCGUACCCGUCGUUGCAUUUUUAAUAUUUAGCAUAUGGGAUUAUUUGGGUAGGAUAUUGGCUGGUUUUUUAAAAUGGCCGUUGAAAAAAGAAAGACUAAUACUAACGUUUAGUUUUAUUCGUAUCGUUUUCGUACCAUUGAUUUUACUAUGCAAUGCAAAUCCGAGACAAAAUCUUCCAGUUUUGAUAAAUAACGAUUCUUAUUACAUCGCAUUGACUUGUUUGUUCGGAUUUACAAACGGUUACCUAACAAACAUAAUCAUGGUGAAUUAUCGAAGCGUCGUCGACGAAUCGGAAAAAGAUGCGGCGUCUUCUUUGGUUUCCGUUUUCCUUGGGAUCGGUUGUGCAGCUGGCUCUGCUUUAAGUUUUCUAAUGUUGAAAAUUCUUUAA